CCAAUAAUGAAAUCAUUCCAAAUAAUUGCCGCCUUGUUGCUGGUCACCGUGACCAUGGCCUACGCUAGAAACGCCUACUUUGUCUUCUCCGAUUACACCAACGAGUUCACCAUUAAGUUGUCCAACCCUACUUUGAUCCAACAUGCUCGUGACCUUAUUGCCAACAGAACCCAGGAAGCACGUGGAGUCAUGGGAAUUAUCAAGCGUGGUGAUGUCUGGUACAACUGGGAGUGGUCCUACUACCUCGACCCAGCCACCAUCACCUUCUUUGACAUGGCUAUGGAAGUCUGUGACGCAUCAAUCGACUACGUUGAGAACCACCUCAGCGAGGUUGGUGGACAUCUCCUCCCAGGAAACAGAUGGUGUCCAUGGUCAUCCCACUUGGUUCGCGAGCUC